AAAACAAUCCUUUGACUACAACUCCCAGAAGGCCGAGCGGCUUAGCGAGUGCACCCGCUCUCGGCUGCUCCGGCAAACUACACAUCCCAAAGGGCAGCGCGCGACCGCGUGUCCUUUCACAGCGCAAGUGCGAAACUGCGUUUGUUUCCGGCGUGGGUCCGGGCAAGAACCGCUUGUAGUUUGGUUUAAGUUCUGCACGGGAGGACCUUCUGAGUUUACCUGUUGGGCUCCUGGCUGCGCAGGCACAGCAGCUACACAGAAGAGAUGGGAGAAGAGGCUAAUGAUGACAAGAAGCCAACCACUAAAUUUGAACUAGAGCGAGAAACAGAACUUCGCUUUGAGGUGGAGGCAUCUCAGUCAGUUCAGUUGGAGUUGUUGACUGGCAUGGCAGAGAUCUUUGGCACAGAGCUGACCCGAAACAAGAAAUUCACCUUUGAUGCUGGUGCCAAGGUGGCUGUUUUCACUUGGCAUGGCUGUUCUGUGCAACUGAGCGGCCGCACGGAGGUGGCUUAUGUCUCCAAGGACACUCCUAUGUUGCUUUACCUCAACACUCACACAGCCUUGGAACAGAUGCGGAGGCAAGCGGAAAAGGAAGAAGAGCGAGGUCCCCGAGUGAUGGUAGUGGGCCCCACUGAUGUGGGCAAGUCUACAGUGUGUCGCCUUCUGCUCAACUAUGCAGUGCGUUUGGGCCGCCGUCCCACUUAUGUGGAGCUGGAUGUGGGCCAGGGUUCUGUGUCCAUCCCUGGUACCAUGGGGGCCCUCUACAUCGAGCGGCCUGCAGACGUCGAAGAGGGUUUCUCUAUCCAGGCCCCUCUGGUGUAUCAUUUUGGUUCCACCACUCCUGGCACUAACAUCAAGCUUUAUAAUAAGAUUACAUCUCGUUUAGCAGAUGUGUUCAACCAAAGGUGUGAGGUGAACCGAAGGGCAUCUGUGAGUGGCUGUGUCAUUAACACCUGUGGCUGGGUCAAGGGCUCUGGUUACCAGGCUCUGGUGCAUGCAGCCUCAGCUUUUGAGGUGGAUGUCGUUGUUGUUCUGGAUCAAGAACGACUGUACAAUGAACUGAAACGGGACCUCCCCCACUUUGUACGCACUGUGCUGCUCCCUAAAUCUGGGGGUGUGGUGGAGCGCUCCAAGGACUUCCGGCGGGAAUGUAGGGAUGAGCGUAUCCGUGAGUAUUUUUAUGGAUUCCGAGGCUGUUUCUAUCCCCAUGCCUUCAAUGUCAAAUUUUCAGAUGUGAAAAUCUACAAAGUUGGGGCACCCACCAUCCCAGACUCCUGUUUACCUUUGGGCAUGUCUCAAGAGGAUAAUCAGCUCAAGCUAGUACCUGUCACUCCUGGGCGAGAUAUGGUGCACCACCUACUGAGUGUUAGCACUGCCGAGGGUACAGAGGAGAACCUGUCCGAGACAAGUGUAGCUGGCUUCAUUGUGGUGACCAGUGUGGACCUGGAGCAUCAGGUGUUUACUGUUCUGUCUCCAGCCCCCCGCCCGCUGCCUAAGAACUUCCUUCUCAUCAUGGAUAUCCGGUUCAUGGAUCUGAAGUAGAGAUCAGCAGGAAGCCUUGCUGCCUGGGACAUAGAGAUCAUCUGGCCACCCCUAGAGGCAGAUGGGCUGAGAUAAAAGACUGUUGGGGCCACCUGACCAGUAAACUGUGGACUAGUAGUUCAUAUUCUACCUCUAAAAACAGGUAGUGGUAACCUGACUCUUCUAAUCUUGAACCAAAAGGAAAACCAUGAGACUGUAAUUGGUUUCUUAGACCACCUAAGAUGCCACUUUGAAUUCUCUAAGACCCUGGAGAAUUGCAUUUAUUUCACUGUGCUACUAUGUGGUUUUUAAAAAAUCAAUGCUUUAUAUUCCAUAUGUGGUUCUUACCCAUUUAUCUAGGAUGAAAGUGUGAAUUAGAGGGACUCCUUCCAAUAAAGUUCAAACUUAAAAAAAAUCAUUUUAAUAAAUAUUUUUGCCAUAUCAUA